GGCUCGACGCAUUUCCUACUCCCACUCCAACUUUCCCGCUUUCCAUUGUUAGUUGAUACGCAUUAUAAUCCCUGAUUUCACGCUUUUAUACUUUGUAUUUCCUUAUCAUCUACCUAUUCGUUUUUCUUCCUUUUUUAUAUAAGACUUGACUUGGGUGCUCCACAUCCAUCUCUCUCUCCGCAACUCCCCUGUUACAGAGGCGGCUCUUCUUCUUCUUCUCCUUCUCCAUGGCGCUUGAGACUGAAAGUAUCAGAUUUGAAGAGGAAUUUAUAUUGAAUUCUAGAGGAUUCAAGCUUUACACAUGCAGAUGGCUCCCUGCUACAGAACCAAAAGCCUUAAUCUUUCUCUGCCAUGGUUAUGCCAUGGAGUGCAGCAUCUCUAUGAAAGGAACUGGAAUCCGGCUUGCAAAGAAAGGUUUUGCAGUUUAUGGAAUUGAUUAUGAGGGUCACGGGAAAUCUGCUGGAUUAAAGGCUUAUAUCCCUAAAUUUGAAGACCUCGUCAAUGAUUGUUCUAACCAUUUUACAAGCAUAAGUGAGAAGACAGAGAACAGAAGAAAGUUGAGAUUUCUAUUGGGAGAAUCAAUGGGCGGAGCAUUGGCUCUCCUCUUACACCAAAAAAUGCCAAACUAUUGGGAUGGUGCGAUCUUGGUUGCUCCCAUGUGUAAGAUAGCAGAUGAUAUGAAACCUCAUCCAUUGGUUAUUAAGGCAAUGGUAAGUUUUUGCAAGAUCAUCCCCACAUGGAAAAUCAUCCCAACCAAAGAUAUACUCGACCUGGCUAUCAAAGAACAGGAAUGGAGAGAUGAGGUUCGCUCAAACCCCUUGUGUUACAAGGGAAAGCCACGCCUGAAAACUGGCUUUGAACUUCUCAGGGUCAGCUUAGACUUGGAACAAAACCUUUACAAGGUGUCAUUACCGUUUCUGAUAGUGCACGGAGGCGAUGACAAAGUGACGGAUCCAUCUGUAAGUGAAUUGCUAUACGAGUCUGCGGCAAGCAAAGACAAGACCUUCAAGUUGUAUCCAGGGAUGUGCCAUGCUCUAACAUCAGGUGAGCCCGUCGAUAACAUCAACAUCGUCUUCGCCGACAUCAUCGACUGGUUGGAUAAUAGAACAGCACCUGGGACGACCACCUCAAGAUGGGAAACAGAGCAGAAGAGUGGAUUUGAUCAUCCUCACAUCCAUGCUAUCCAAACAGAGCAGAAAAGUGAAUUUGUUGAUCUUCAAAUCCAUGAUACCCAAGAAAAAGUUGCCUCGGAGAACCUCCUAACGAAGAUGGGGUGCGGAGGAUUUACAAUGAAAUUGGGUAGUCGCAGCCACCACAACACAGAGGAAAGACAAAGUUUGAAUGCAUCAGGCACAGGGAAAUCAGCACAAACAUGGUUCUGUUUGAAGGCAUGAACAAGGAGUUUCCCCGCAACGUGAAUGGAUGGGGCCAAGAAUUCAACUAUAUAUUUAUCAUUCACGGCUCUCAAUUAUUCCAAUCAUCCUUGUUCGCAUGGAUCAGCAUCCUCCACUAUUUAUGAGAGAGAGAGAGAGAGAGAGUGGGGUUGGAGGUGGGGUGAGGGAGAUGACCCUUAUGUAUUUAUUUAAUUGAAAAUGUUCUCCAUGAUGUUUGCUUUUCUUAUUUAUUUAUUUUCUCUUAUUUACCUUUAAUGUGGAAUGAGAGAUUCCUUCAACA